AUGGAGCGCACUGCCGAGAAUAAGGUUGUUAAGAAUUGUGGCACCCGAUCACGCACCGGCUGCAUAACCUGCAAGGUCCGACGAGUAAAAUGUGACGAAGGAAAGCCCGGUUGUCAACGAUGCAAGAAAUUCGGCCGGCUCUGUGAUGGAUAUGAACGCAAAAGCGCCAGUCCUCAACCACGAGCUAGGCCAAAGAAAGCUUCUCCUCGAAUGGAGACCAAUCAACCAUCACCAACGACACUGGCCCCAAAACCCUUACCACCUUCAUCGUCGAUUGCAUUCAAUGACGAACAAGAAGCACUAUAUUUUCAAAUAUUCCAAUGCGAAACCAUCAAUAUUCUUGCCGAUGGUCGCGACUCACCACUUUGGCAUAGGAUAAUAAGACAGGCUUGUCUAGAGGAAUCCUCAAUCUUUCAUUGCGCCAUUGCCAUUGCUGCUCUCGACCAAGCGUGCAAAUCAAGAGCAUUGCAUUCAUCGUCACAAUUUGAGUUUCAUCAUCGUCAUGCACUUCAACAAUACGGCAAAUCUCUCAAAGAACUGCAGAAAGUAAUCGCUCGCGGUGAUUCUUGUAUUCGCACCACCCUUAUUGCUUCUCUACUUAUCUUCUGUUUCCAAAACUUCCAUGGCGAUAUUCGACUUGCUCUAAAUAAUGCCAGGACGACGAUAGAUCUUAUGUAUAAUUGGAUUUCAAACCAGGCGGGUGUUCCUGCACGUAUUGGAUUCAGUCCCGCACCCAAUAUUGUGGAAAAUGAACUGGUUGAGGCGUUCACUCGUCUCGAUGGACAUCUCAUAAAUUGGGUCGGUGUCUCUGCAUCUUCACGCGACUUCAUCUCUUUGGCAUUGUCGAAUCCUCUCAAUACUCCACCAAUCCCAAGCAUCUUUUCAUCACUCAAGGAAGCAAGACUCUCUUUGGAUAAUUUAAAGGCAAGGCUUUCCCUAGACAACAUUUUGGGACGCAUCACGCCGCCCUCAGUCACCUGCAUCUCCCGAAAUUCCAUAUCAGAAGAUCCCUCCUCAAACGAGCCCCCCUUUUCAAGAGAAUUGAGAGCUUGGACAUCUGCAUUCCGACCUAUUUUCGAUCUUUCUCAAUCCAGAUUAGAUAGCGACCCAAACGACCACAGCGAAUUCAUCCCAGCCGGCAUAUUGCGUGUUCAUUCUUUAGCACUACAAAUUGUGUUUUGGUCUUCCUAUCACGCCAAAAAGAACAUCAACAUGAUUAGUCCAGCCCAUUCUUACCCAUCCCCCGCCUCUGUACCUUCUUCUUCUCCUCCUCCGUUCUCCGAUAACGACAGCGAGAAACACAUUCACAAUUUGCUUUUACCCGAUUACUGCGAGAUCAUCACCGUUUGCCGGGCGAUCGUCAAUCAUCCGGCUUUUAUCAAAUCGUUUAUUUUUGGAGGCGGAAUUAUACCUCAGCUUUUUGUCGUGGUGUGCAAAUGUCCAGAUUUGAAUGUACGACGCGAAGCAAUACAGAUUUUGAAAGAUGCGGGAGGGAGAAGAGAGGGGGUUUGGGACGCCAAGACCAUGGCACGUGUUGGAGAGGAGAUUUUGAGGUGUGAAGCUCUCGAUGAUAAUUCGAAGAAUCAUCAAGAUUGGGAUCGGGAUAGUCUCUCCAAUGGAGAUUUUGAUUUCGAUCCCACGAGAGGGGAGAAUAGUAUGUUGAGCGGUGUGCAGGCUUGUGGGUGCGGUUGUCAAAAUGGAGGAGAUGAAAUUACGCUGCAGAGAUCGGUAGAUUGGGUGGAAAUUCAACUAGCGUGUACGGGGAUGAAGUUAAAGUUACCGAUGGUGAGACAGAAGAAGAUUCGAACGUAUGAGGACGUAGAUGAAUAUGCUGGGAGGAUGUAUGGAGAGGAGGUCGAGGAAAUGCGUUUGCUGGAUUGGGUGGAACAGUUUCUUCAUCCGCAGGGAGGUGUGUGA